AUGCUCUCCCGUGUUGCUGCUGUGAAGGCACCCCGCAUACACAACCGUCGCCGCGGGACCGGAUCCAGCGGAAGGAGGAGGGAAGGAAGAGAGAGUGAGCCGCAGAGGCCCAACGUGUCCCGGCGUGUGUUUACUUCCGCGGUGCUGCUCCUCCUUUUCUUUUUGGCGUGCGCCGCCGCGGGGCCUGUGCAGGCCCAAAACUAUGGAACGAGAGUGGGCGAUUCCUAUGGAAGACACAGUUUGGAGCAGUUGCAAAGGGGGCAUCAGGCCGCAAACCCACCGAUCCCUGGCCACAUUUUUCGCAAUCCCCAUCUUGUGAAUGUGAACGGGAUGCUCCUGGCCAUUGCUGGAGCUCAGUUCAAUAGAACUGUGGGGAGCGGGAGUGCGUCCAUGCAGUUGAUGGCACAUAUCAGCGUUGAUGGUGGGAGGACGUGGCGGUCGUACGCGGGGCCAGAAGAUCUUGACGCUUUUGCCGCAAGCCCUCACCGGAUGUCGUUUCCCUCGUCUUUUGGACCCUUAGGAUCGAUUUUUGCUUUUGUGGAGGGCUGCGACUUACGGAAGGGAGUCAGACCUCAUUAUGCCAAUAGGUGGGGAGGAAGUGGUGUGGAGUCUGUUAUCCAUUUUCUGGAGACGGGGCCUAGACGAAGCGGAGGUUUGUCGAUGAGUUCCGUCUCUAUGAGCAUUCGCCUUCCUUAUCCCCAUAAAUCCGGUGACAUGAUUGGCUUCCUCAACGAUGCCAGUACUCCCAUCACGAAAAUGACGGAUGGCACGCUCGUGUUUCCCGUGCAGUUUCUGACAAUGGGAGGGGACACUGCGUCCACAAUCAUGUACAUGAAUCCCGGUCAACAGCACUGGACCUUUGCGAACAGCGCGACACAUGCGGGCUGCAUCGAACCAAGUAUCCUUGAAUGGGAGGCUGGGAAAAUUAUCAUGAUCACCUCAUGUAAGUACGGUCGCCGAAGGGUGUACGAGUCGACUGACAAGGGGAACACGUGGACGGAGGCUGUGGGGACGCUCUCGCGCGUGUGGAGCAACCCAUUGGCAGGUUCUGGGCUCCACAUUCAGGGUGGAUUCAUCACUGCAACCAUUGAUGGAAAGAAGGUGAUCCUCCUCACCCAGCUGGAAUAUUUCGGGGACAAAGAAAGGAGCGAGAUUCACCUGUGGCUAACGGACACGAACCGCAUUUACCAGGUUGGCCUGUUACCCACUGGGAAUAGCGCGACCUCCAGCUCUCUGUUGUACGCGAAUGAUAAGCUGUAUUGUUUGUACGAGGCCAGUGUUGGAAGCGACUCCGUCCCCUACCCCUUGGAUCUGACGCUUGAACUGCAGAGGAUAAGGCAUGCGCUGUCUACCUGGGCCGUGAAGGACAAUGCCUUGAGGCAAUGCGGCUUAAUGGCCUCGGGCGCCGCGCUGUCAAGAGGGAACUGUUCUGUUCCUAUCCCCAUGGCUGGGCUUGUGGGCCAUUUGGCCGAUACGCUCCGUGGGGACAAGUGGGAGGACGAGUACCUCGGGGUGAAUGCUGUUGUGAGGGGUGCGGCGAAAAAGGCUCCCAGUGGGUGGACGUUCGAAGGGCAUGACGCAGGGGCCGAGUGGCCUGUGGGCAAGCAGUGGCCGAAAAUGCCGUUCCACUUUGCAAACUAUGGGUUUACUCUUGCGGCAACGGUGUCGAUUCACGAGGUGCCGAAGGGCAUCACUCCCCUGAUGGGCCUGAAGAAAAUGGGGAAGACAACACUCCUGGGACUGUCGUACGAUAAUAAUAUGGAGUGGAGCGUGGAGCAUGAGUUGUUCCCGAAGCAUUUUACCGCAUGGGAGCUGGACAAAACGUAUCACGUGGUGCUCAAAAUGCAUGACGGUGUGGGCUCCGUGUACGUUGACGGGACUCUCCUUUGGAAUAUGAGUCUGAGAAAUUCGUUCAAUGAAGGGCUAGACGCGGUCUCACACUUUUACUUUGGCGCGUACGAUGAGCAGUUGAGCAGCGGAAAAAUCCAUGCGACGGUGGCGAACGUCUUUCUGUACAACCGCCCGUUGAAUGAAACUGAGAUUGGCGCCCUCAACGCGAACAAAGUCACCAUUCCACCUCCGGAAAGGAAGUCGGCGAAAGCGUCGACAGCUACUUCCCCGUCCGUUGAAUCUGCCAACGAUAGGGUGAACACAAAUACACAGCCAACUGUUCCAGCGCCCACUCCUGCCGCACCACAGCCGACGGAACAGGCAACUUUGAACACAAGCAGUGUUCCGAGUGGUGGCGCUCCAUCCACACCAGCGGAGCCGAAGUCAGCGGGGCCUAAACCAGCGGAGCCGAAAUCAGCGGGGCCUAAACCAGCGGAGCCGAAAUCAGCAGAGCCCAAACCAGCGGAGCCGAAAUCAGCAGAGCCCAAACCAGCGGAGCCGAAAUCGGCAGAGCCCAAACCAGCGGAGCCGAAGUCAGCAGAGCCCAAACCAGCGGAGUCGAAGUCAGCAGAGCCUAAACCAGCGGAGCCGAAAUCAGCAGAGCCCAAACCAGCGGAGUCGAAGUCAGCAGAGCCCAAACCAGCGGAGCCGAAGUCAGCAGAGCCCAAACCAGCGGAGCCGAAGUCAGCAGAGCCCAAACCAGCGGAGCCGAAAUCAGCGGAGCCCAAACCAGCGGAGCCGAAAUCAGCAGAGCCCAAACCAGCGGAGUCGAAAUCAGCGGGGCCUAAACCAGCGGAGCCGAAGUCAGCGGAGCCAAAACCAGCGGAGCCGAAAUCAGCGGAGCCAAAACCAGCGGAGCCGAAAUCGGCAGAGCCCAAACCAGCGGAGCCGAAGUCAGCAGAGCCAAAACCAGCGGAGCCGAAUUCAGCGGAGCCAAAACCAGCGGAGCCGAAAUCAGCGGAGCCAAAACCAGCGGAGCCGAAAUCGGCAGAGCCCAAACCAGCGGAGCCGAAGUCAGCAGAGCCUAAACCAGCGGAGCCGAAAUCAGCGGAGCCAAAACCAGCGGAGCCGAAAUCAGCGGAGCCAAAACCAGCGGAGCCGAAAUCGGCAGAGCCUAAACCAGCGGAGCCGAAGUCAGCAGAGCCUAAACCAGCGGAGCCGAAGUCAGCAGAGCCCAAACCAGCGGAGCCCAACGCCGCGACAUCCUCAGCAAGGGAGGGAACUGCGGACCAGCCGGCAUCUGCCACAUUUUCCGAUGGACAUGAAGCUGUGACAUCUGUUAUAUUUUCAAGCGCCGCCAUUACUGAUGUUGGUGCUUCCUCCUCUGAUGAUGCACAAACGGUGGGGACGGAAGGUGGAGCUGUGAUGCAGGCAGAUCAACCAACCCAAUUCUCUGUGGGCACCCCCGACGCAGCAAAUGCAGCAACACAUAACGCUGAACGCAAGGGACAAGAAGGGCUCCAUCCACAGGUCAAGGAAGCAGAGGCGGCGACACUCAGCAGCAGCCUUUAA